AUGUCCAUGGCACCCCCGCCGUCCACCACAUCUUCAAGGGAGAGUCUGUCACCCCGCUUGAAUUCCACGUCCGGUAACGUUUCCAUGCAAUCACUACAGGGAUUCCGAACCGUAUCGCUCCCUGGGCUGUUCCCCGGCACGCAUUUGGGCAUUUUGGCCUCGGGGCUCUUAGACAAGCGACGCGACGGCGCUGUACGCGGUGGAUGGGCCAAACGCCUCUUUAUUUUGUCCACGCGUAGUCUACACUACUACCGAAAGGCAGAGGAGGCUGAGCUUUUCGGUAAGGAACGUGGCCAGGUCGUGCUCUCGGAUAUCGCGUAUGCCCAGGUCGUAAUGCCUGAAGACGCGCCUGCUGGUGCUGUAGAGCCCGGCCACGCGUCAUACUUUGUUGCAGUAAUGUCGAAACGGAAGACACUGCUGAUGUUUUUGCGUGCCGAUUCGUUUGAGUACGCCAAUAGCUGGGUCAGUAUCGUGAACAAUGCCGUACAUACUGCUAAAAGCGUCAGUUUUGCACCACGAUGGACGGAAGAGACCAUGCAGUCGUUUAUUUCAGUAGCUUCCGGCAUUGUUGAAGAGGUAGAACCAGCAGCAGCAACGGAAUCACCCACAGAGGUGGUAACAACGAGUCCGACUGUGACACCAAAGAUGCCUUCAGUGCUUGUUGUUAGCAUGGUUUCUGGGCCUCUGGGCGCGUUGAGCACAACUGAGAGACUAGUCAAACGAAAUGUUGAGCUCAAUACGGAACUUCAGCUGGGUGCGUUUGAGCAAAAGGACACGUGUGUCAUCGUGCUGAGUAACGGUGAAGAGCUUUACAUCCCACGACGAAUGCUGGGAGACGAUUUUAAAAGUCUGCUUACUAGCACAAAACAGCUUGAAAUGACGACUCCGGCGCGCAGUCAACUGGUGCGUCCUCACAUCGUGUCGAUGUCCAGAGUUUCUGUUUCUUUUCGAUGUGAACGGGCUCCUCCAGUGUCAAUUACACGACGAGACUCAAGCAACAUGCCAGUAAUGUCAUCGCUGCCGUCAACAUUCACAGUGGCUUUUCCAGGCACACUUGGUGGGCUGUUCUUGAUAAGCUGUCUGGUAUCGUUCUACUGCGCUGCACCUUUUGCUGGCUUGAUGAAGAUUACGAUUGUGCUUGGUUUACUCUUGUCCGUCUCGCAGAUCACGCAAUUUGUUAUCUGUUUAUCAAAUACUCAUAGCCAAAAGCACUUGAACUCUGCCGUGACACUAAUUGGUGGGUCUACGAAAGCAGCGGGAAAUAAAUUUGUUUGCUGUAUAGCGAUCAACAAAAUUGAAGUGAUAGAAGCCGAUCAGGAUUUGGAGCUCGCGCUGUCCGAUACGGCGUCUUCUGUUCCGAGCGCUGACGGUUUUACAGAGACUGAAACACAAAACAUUAGCGGUGGACCGAUUGCGUUCUCUCCACGAUUCAUUGCAGGUGAAAAGGGCGACGUCGAAAAGGGUCGUGCACGAUAUGUGGCUACAUUGGAGUGGCGCAAGGAAAAUGGCAUCGACGAUAUCUUAGUGACACCGCAUCGGACUUUUGAGAUUUUCAAGAGGUAUUAUCCUCAAUUUUUUCACGGCAGAACUCGCGAUGGCCUACCCGUAUACUACGAGCGACCCGGUAAAAUUGAUCUGGCGGCACUUAAGCGCGAAGGACUUUCGAUCGAUGAUCUGCUGCGCCACUACAUGUACAUUACGGAGUACCUCUGGCGGGUACUGGAGCCCAACGACGAGGCACGCUCAAUGACAGUGUUGGAUGUGGCGGGCAUUGGCAUGUACGACCUCGGUGGAGAAGUGCUGGACUUUAUCAAGCGCGCCUCUGCAUUUACCGGUGCCCACUAUCCUGAGCGCAGUGCUCGCAUUUUCAUCAUCAAUACUCCUGGUUGGUUUAACAUGGUGUGGCGCAUGGUAAAGCCGCUGAUUGACCCCGUGACGCGCGAGAAGGUUCACAUGCUGAAAGGUAGUGGCAUUUUGGUCGAGUUGGAAAAGUUGAUUGACCGAGAGAAUAUUCCUUCCGAUUUUGGUGGCGAAGGUACAGCUUUAGGUGACUCGGAUGAAGAGCAUGCGUUGGCAGCACACGUACAGAAAUAUCUCUAA